UCUUCAUGAAAAGACAAAAACUUCUCCCUAACUCACUUCUUUUACCUGACAUACAAGUUUUUUUUUCAUCAUAAUGACCUCACUGGUAACUGACUGACACUUUUAUCACCUGGGAUGGAUAUAAAAGAAUUUUGAUUAAUUUUCUUCCACAAACUACAUCAAUUUUGUUUAAAAAGAGAUUUUUUUUCUUUUUGAGUUGACAGAAAUUAAGUCACAAUGGCACUGGACUCUGACUUUGGAGUGAAGGGCAGCAGCAUCAUCAGAGAAUGGAGUGGACAGGUCCAGCCUGCUCUGGUUGCCUCCUUCGUCUUCCUCUUCUGUCUGGAAGCCUGCCUGUGGGUCAGGAACUUCAGACUCAAGAGACGACUGCCAGGACCCUUCGCAUGGCCGGUGGUGGGCAAUGCCAUGCAGCUGGGCCAGAUGCCCCACAUCACCUUUGCCAAACUUGCCAAAAAAUAUGGAAAUGUGUACCAGAUACGCCUGGGCUGCAGUGAUAUUGUGGUUCUGAAUGGAGACAGAGCAAUCCGUCAGGCUCUCAUUCAGCACAGCACAGAGUUUGCAGGCAGACCAAACUUUGUCUCUUUCCAGAUGAUCUCUGGAGGCAGGAGUAUGACUUUUACUAAUUACAGCAAACAGUGGAAAGUGCACAGAAAGAUAGCACAGUCCAGCCUCAGAGCGUUUUCCUCUGCAAACAGCCAGACCAAGAAAGCCUUCGAGCAGCAUAUAACAGCCGAGGCCAUGGAGCUGGUGCAGACAUUUUUGCGCCACAGCACUGAUGGUCAUUUUUUUGACCCUUCUCAUGAAUUCACAGUAGCUGCUGCUAAUGUCAUGUGUGCUCUGUGCUUUGGGAGGCGGUACGGACAUGAGGACCUGGAGUUCAGGAACCUGUUGAAAAAGGUGAACAAGUUUGGAGAGACGGUCGGGGCCGGAAGCCUUGUAGAUGUCAUGCCCUGGCUUCAGAACUUCCCCAACCCAGUCCGAAGCGUCUACGAGAACUUCAAGAACCUCAAUGAGGAGUUUUUCACCUUUGUGAAAGACAAAGUGGUGCAGCACAGGGAGUCCUUCGACCCCGAGGUGACCCGGGACAUGAGUGACGCAAUCAUCAGCGUCAUCGAGCAUGGGAAGGACAGUGGACUGUCCAAAGAGUUUGUGGAAGCAACAGUUACGGAUCUGAUCGGAGCAGGUCAAGACACAAUGUCGACUGUUAUGGAGUGGAUCCUCCUGCUGCUGGUGAAGUACCCGGACAUGCAAGCCAAACUGCAGGAGCUCAUAGACAAAGUCGUAGGCCAGGACAGACUGCCCGCCAUAGAGGACAGGAGCAGCCUAGCGUACCUGGACGCCUUCAUCUACGAAACCAUGCGCUUCACCAGCUUUGUCCCGGUCACGAUCCCGCACUCCACCACCUCCGACGUCACCAUCGAAGGCCUCCACAUCCCCAAGGACACGGUGGUCUUCAUCAAUCAGUGGUCAGUGAACCACGACCCGCUUAAGUGGAAGGACCCUCACAUUUUUGACCCCACACGCUUCCUGGAUGAGAACGGGGCCCUUGAUAAAGACAUAACCAACAAUGUAAUGAUCUUUUCAACGGGUAAGAGACGCUGCAUCGGCGACCAGAUCGCCAAGGUGGAGGUGUUUUUAUUCACAGCCGUCCUAUUGCAUCAGUGCAGCUUUGAGAGCAGCCCCUCCGAGCCCCCCACCUUUGACUGCUCCUAUGGGCUCACGCUGAAGCCUCUCCGAUUCUGUGUCAGCGCCAAGCUCAGGGGAAAGCUGCUUGGCUUAGUUUCCCCAGCAUGAACAGCAUGUCCCAGUACUGUGACUCAAGGCCAGCAAAACACUUUUCCACCAUUGACAUUAAACAGUGAGUAUCAAAAUCUUGCUGUGGGAAGGUUUUCAUAUUUUAAAAUGAUAUUUAAUGCAUAUGGUACACACAGACUGUAUUUUAAGUAUUGUCUGGAAAAAGAUGUAAUGUUCACGGCAGGUUGAAUCAAAUGUUUGUGUCACAAAAUACACUAUACUUGAUUAGACUUUGUACAUAAUGCUGAGUUGUGAGCUCAUCCACUAUUGUGUAUGUACAUGUAUUGUGUGCAGGAAUAGCUACUUUCAUUACAUGUCAAUUUCAACUAAUAUAACUGUGUAUGAAAUGCUUGUGAAUGUUAUAAAGUCUGUCAAAUGAUGCAUUGUUCUUUAUUGUAAUAUGUAAGGAUAUAUUUAACCUUUGCCACCUGAAGAAGUUACAUUUUAUUUCCUAUUUCAGGUAUGACAGUAAAUGUAAUGUAAUGUUUCACUAUCUACUGUACACAAAGUAUAUGAACACAUAAACAGCGUGUGUUUGUGAAGAAGGAAGUCUUUAGUCAGAUAUUGCCAUGAACCUGGAAGGAUUCACAAACUUUAAGCACCCAGGGUUCAGUUUUACUGUACAAAGCACUGCAGCUACCCCAUGCCAAACACACGAGUUGCACCAGUGAAAGAAAAAAAAAACAAAAAAAAACAAGACCCACAUGUGAAACAAAUUUCUUCCACUCAUUCUCAAAAACAUGUUUGUUUACAAAGCAGCUUUUUCAAGCUAUAUGGAUGUCAGUGCACUCUCUUUAAGCCUUCACAUUCAGGAGUUGAUGUCAAUAUGCCCGAAGGAUGCCUUCCUCUGCGUGUGUCAAGGAAGCAAAUUUAACUCUUCAGGCUUUGAAUGUUGCAGAGGAUGUUUUAAUCCAUGUGUUGGCUUUAUAUGAUGGAAAAAUAAGCUAUAACUGAAAUAAAUAAAGUGAUGAUUUGUCCGUG